UUCCGUUGCGAGACGUAAUAAAUACACGCCAGGUGCCUGCAGUUUGGUUUACCUGAGUGAGGUGCGCUUGGAGCACCAAUAUUGGACAUUUGACACCUGAGAGGACUGCAACACUAUUCCUGUGGGUGAUUGAAAAGGGGACAUCGACAAUGAUACUAUUUUUCAUACUUGCAGUUUUCUCCUCUGCCAGAGGCCUACAGGUGACCAUUGGACAACCUACAUAUGAGGUUGCGCGAGGCGAUGAUGUCACCCUGGUGUGUAGUUUCAUUCCUGCUGCACAACCCAACCCCUCCACGUUGGUUAUCAUCACAUGGUCCAUGGAGGCUGAUAGCCCUGUUGAUCCGAAGAUUGUUAUUGCCACAUUCUACUCUCUCGAAAAUCAAGUGGACAUCAAGCCUUCCUAUAAAGACCGAGCAGAGAUGACCCAUGACAUCACUGGAGGGCGGAGCACCCUGACCCUCCGCAAGGUGUCCAUGCAGGAGAACAGGCUGUGGCAGUGCAGGGUGCAGAUCCCUGGAGACGAGGAGGGGACGCCUUCCUCCACCACCGAACUAGUGGUCCUUGUGGCUCCCUCUGUGCCAGUCGUCAGCGUACAGGGCGAAGCAGAGUACUGGAACAACAUCAACCUGACCUGUGUGUCUGAGGAGGGCUCCCCCGCCCCGACCUAUAGCUGGAAAACAAACGAUGUCAGGAACACUCCCAGAGUAUUCCCACCGAGGACCACUGAGAAGAAUGGUGUUCUAUCUCUGUUUAAUAUCUCCAUGGAGACUUCCGGUUUCUUCAUCUGCACUGCGACCAACCAGGUCCGAUCUGCCAGCUCAAACUUCACCCUCACUGUCAUGCCCCCCUCCAUGAAGGUCGGGUCCACAGCAGCCAUCAUUGGAGGGGUCGUAGCUGGGGUCCUGGUCCUGGGGAUUGUCAUAUACUGCUGCAGGAAGAAGAGGAACAAAUCUAAACAGGAGAAUGUUCAAGGAGUUCCAGAAGUGGUGAAGUUCCAUGACACGCCGACACUCAACGUUGGGGCAGGUUACCGGGACGACAUACCGGAAGACAGGACUGAGGGGAGCAUCGUGCUGCAUGACCAAUACGAGACGAAAGGGGAGAUGGAUCACGAUGACCAAAGUGUUAGAACAGAUUGCAGUGAUGGCCGUAAGGAAAAGUCUGAUGACAACCGCAACAACUAUGGAGAUCAGCGCGAUCGCUAUGGUGGCAGCCGCGAUCGCCUCCACGACCAGCGCGAUCGCUAUGGUGGCAGCCGCGAUCGCCUCGACGAUCAGCGUGUUCGAUAUGGUGGCAGUCGUGAUCGCCUUGACGACCCACCUGUUCGCUUUAGUGGCAGCCGCGAUCGCCUUGACGACCCACCCAGUCGCUAUGGUGGCAGCCGUGAUCGUCUUGACGACCCACCUGUUGUUCGCCAUGGUGGCAGCCGUGACCGCCUUGACGACCCACCUGUUGUUCGCCAUGGUGGCAGCCGUGAUCGCCUUGACGACCCACCUGUUGUUCGCCAUGGUGGCAGCCGUGACCGCCUUGAUGACCCGCCUGUUCGCCAUGGUGGCAGCCGUGAUCGUCUUGACGACCCACCUGUUGUUCGCCAUGGUGGCAGCCGUGAUCGCCUUGACGACCCACCUGUUGUUCGCCAUGGUGGCAGCCGUGAUCGCCUUGACGACCCACCUGUUGUUCGCCAUGGUGGCAGCCGUGACCGCCUUAAUGACCAGCAUGAUCGGUACAAUGACCAGUACGACGAAUCAUAAGAUGACCAACAUGUCCUAUUUCCAGGUUGUCCAAGGGAAUUACAGCCAUCCUCCUCAAUGCUAAUCUGCUGGUGCAGGGAGCCUACUUCAGUAGUAUCCCAUACUGGUACAGGGAGCCUACUUCAGUAGUAUCCCAUACUGGUACAGGGAGCCUACUUCAGUAGUAUCCCAUGCUGGUACAGGGAGCCUACUUCAGUAGUAUCCCAUGCUGGUGCACUACCCUAUAAUUUCCCCUUUGAUUCUAAUGCCUCACAAACAAUCAUUAAUGUUACUCGAUUUCCAGGCUGUUGUUCACUGCCCAAGGUGCUCAGUGAUUUGGACAUUUACUCAAUCAAAAUAAUAUCAGAUCUUGGUGCACUUGAUAACCGGAAUUUGGAAAAUACAAAAAUUAUUUUAUUUUAUAAACAAACUAGGCCUAGACUUGUUCUUGGUAUUUGAUGAGCAUCCCCAUUAACUGUUGCAAAAGCAGCAGCUACUCUUUCUGGAGUCCACAAGAACAGCUCAAUAGACAAGAACAGCUCAAGGACAUAAGUUAAUUUGACAAGAACAGCUCAAUAGACAAGAACAGCUCAAGGACAUAAGUUAAUUUGACAAGAACAGCUCAAUAGACAAGAACAGCUCAAGGACAUAAGUUAAUUUGACAAGAACAGCUCAAUUGACAAGAACAGCUCAAGGACAGAAGAUAAUAUGAUGAGACCAAAUUUCUAACUGAAACAUGGCCCAUGGGUCACUUCUCCACGGCCCUGUAAAGGCCUGAAAGGACUGGAUCAAGAUCUGUGUCUAGGUGGUGAAGGCCUCUCUUCAACAGCUACUGUGUCUUAGUCUCCUACAUGAGGCUAACAGAAAACUAUUACCAUCCUUUUCAGAAGAACUCCUUUCAGGGAGGCUGAUGAAUUACCUUGUGGUUGGUGUGAACCAACUGGACCUAAAUCAAGUUUUACCAUGAAAACAAGUGCCCUUGGGUUGUAUGACCCCAUGUUCAGUAUGUGUGUAAUUAUGGAAUUGUUUCGACCCUGUGUUGCAUGUUUUAAAUAUUACUUUGUGGUGAAAGUAGGCUUCAUCAAAUCAUGUUUUUAUAACGCACUGAUUUCCUGUUUUAUUUGCUAAUAAUUACUCCAAUCAAUAAAUGAAAUGUAUGGUGAAUGGCAAGGAAGAACCUUUUGUAAUUACGACAUUUGUAUUAAUUUAAAUGAAUCAUAUAUAUAUAUAUAUUUUAAAAAACAAGAUAAUAAAGGGAAGAAGUGGAAGAAAAACUGAACUAAAAUCUCAGGAUUAUUUUUGUUUCAUUUCUUUAUUCCACAGGAUCACACCCGUUUUAUUAAUAAAAUAUAUUUUCCCUCCUUUUAAAA